UCGCUGUGACUUUUUCGCACUUCUUUCGCUCGAAGAACACACGGGAUGGUUCGACUGUUGUCCAACUCUCACGGUUCGUCAUCGACCCUGUCUCUUAUGCAGGGUCGAUUCGACGGACCCGCUCUGCAAACGGCCUGCAACAUCCUGGACGUCCUUGGCCGGUACCGCAGUGUUUUGCCGUCGAACGUUGAGGACCGCUCGGACGAGGGCAACCUCAAGUUUCUGUCCAUAAUCUAUGGCCAAGUACGCACACACAAGGCAAUCCAGCUUGUAUUGCCUGCAUUCCCUUUCAAGUCGCCCAACCGCCAGAGCAAGACUCUAGGUAGCCUACCGGACAAGGGCGAAGAGAUUUCCUUAGCACAUUUGAACGGACUCUGCGCUGCGAUCGAGGACAUUUAUUCCCCAGGAGCCAAGCUGACGAUCGCGUCGGAUGGUUUGGUUUAUAACGACCUUCUGGGUGUCCCCGACAGGGAGGUCUGGGAGUACGGACAGACUCUACGUGCCAUGGUCCGAGAGAAGGAAUUCACCAACAUCAACUUUGUCCAUCUGCGCGAUCUUCUCUACAUGGUCAACGAGAUUCCCCUUGACACGAAGACCUAUGAGGAGAGAGCACCACAAUUUCGCGAAGAUCUGAUUCGUAUUCACACUCCCUCGGACCAUGAUGUUAACGAGCGUAUUGCAUCGGAUGACGACGUCUGCACGACGUACCGCGGGUACAUCAAGUUUCUCACAAAGGAUUUGGCACAUACCAUGGAGGAGAGAACAAAAAGCCAACACAAGAAAAAAUGCGAGCAGAUCGCCAAGAAGAUGAUCGUCAGGGGAGCUGCAUUCGCACAAGCCAUCGCCAAGUCCUUCCCUGAUCACGUCCGACUGUCUAUUCAUCCGUCGAAUGGAUCACGAAAGAUCUCGAUCUCUGUUCUUCCGCAGACCGUCACGCCCGUUACGCCUUGGCACUCGGCGCCUUACUUUAGCGUUGACGGACACAUGAAGUUCGAGCAUCGGGACGUGUUUGAUGGUGACGAGAAGACGGAACUCGUCUCUCGGAAUGGACAGCCAAGGUACUUUCGAGAGAAGAAUGACCUCUACUCGUGGUCUAGUGAUGUCAGCAUCGAAUUUAACUACCCUUGUGGUAUAACGAUUCAGGCUGUGAAGGAUACGCGGCCGUCGUUCAAAGAUGUGGACAUGCAGAAGCUCCGUUUGCUCUCUCAAGAAAACUCACCCGUCGUUCUGCGAGGGUUCGGAGAUACUCUUGACCGGGAUCUUCUCGUUCAAAAGGCCGAAGAGAUGGGAACUCCCGUAGGAUGGAAGUUCGGUCUCAUCCUCGAAGUGAAAGAUCACGGAUCCGACGGCAAGGGCUUGAACAACGUUCUUUCUGCAGAAUGGAUGCCGUAUCAUUAUGACGGACUGUUCAAGAUAAAAAAAGAGAUCGACCCCGACGGCAACGAAAAAGUUGUCUCUCUUCCGCCUAAGUCUGUCCUCUGCCCCUUGUCUCAUACACUAUCCAGCGAGCUGACCUUGCAUUUAGAUUCCAAAUGUUUACCGCCAUUACCCCCUCCCCCAAAAACACUGGCUACACACUCUUCGCCCCCUCUCAUCUCAUCUUCGCCAACCUGCCUCCAUCUCUCCCUCUCUCAGCCCUCAGCCCCCUCACCUGGACCGUCCGCACUACCUCCUUCGACGACGCUGUCAUUCCCAACCUCCCCCUCGUCAUACCCCACCCUGCAACAGGGCGACCAUCCCUCCGCUAUCAUGAACCAUGGCCGCAGGAGAGAACAGUCUUUGAUCCGACAAGCGUGACCAUUCAUGGCGUCGAGAGCUCCGAGGCUGUUUGUGCGGUGUUGGACGGACUGUUGCAUGACCGACGAGUCUGUUAUUGGCAUGCUUGGGAAGAGGGAGACUUCUUAGUCAGUGAUAAUGUUAGUAUGAUGCAUACGCGAAGCUCGUUUGUUAGCUUGGCGGAGAGGUGUUUGAGGAGGAUUCAUGUGGAUUAGAUUGGUGAGGCGAGGAAGGGAACGGGUUUGUAUUUAUGAUAUAUUGUAUUUUAGUUUGUUCUUUGUGCCGUGGAGACGGUGAUUAUGGUAGAUGAGAAUGAGAGAGAAACGUUUAAUAUUCAGCGAUAUAUCCCCUUGGUUAGAAUGAAUACACUCCGAGCUUGAACGCAAACAUGUGAGACCUUGCCCUAAGCCAAGAUGUGGUGAAGAAUGAUGAUAAAUUUAGGUCCCUCACGCAUUGCCGAAGAGUUGUGUUAUGUUUCGCUUGAUUGUAAGGUGUUAACAUUGGAAAUAGUAGGACUACAGGACAAGAUUAUUCAGCUUUCUCAUUGAAAUCUUCCAUUUGAUGACUGAUUGAGGUUUUUGUCUCUGUUUGUCACUCAUGCGCCGCCCUUCUUCUCUCCCUUUCCCCGCCACACCCCAAUUCUGGUUUGUCUGAUUUGAUUUUGUAAAGUUCUCAAUUGGCUUCAAACUGGCCCUGAAUCGCCAUUUGACUGCGUGUGCUUUAACAUUCGAGCUUAGAUGUCAGUGAUCAGAAAAUAAGCCAAUUGGAAGCAACCGUUCAGGUACUUAGGUGGAAGGAGUAGGUAGGGUGAUGUUUAUACAUACUACCACAAUGUAAGAAAUAUCAAGGCAUGCGUAUUGAUCUUGGUCACUUUCAUGAUAAGUUAUUGAAAUACAGUGCUAUAUCUCUCAUAAGUGGCAUUCAUCAGCUCUGCAUAUUCAUGUCCUUAUUAGCCAAGAUGAGCAUAAUUACCAAAGACCAGUGGUGGCCGAGCUCUUUUGCUGUAACUGGAUCCACAUAGUAGACAGUAUUGAGGAGACACAGGAGAUGUUAUGGCGCAAGUCUUCAAACAGUGCGGACAUUUGUGCACCUUCGGCUUGGCUUUCUGUUCUUUGCUUUCGACAAGGUCAGCCGCGAAAUCAACUGUUUCCCGUAGGACCUGUUGGAAACUUUUCUCUUUCAGCAACCAAUCAAUAUGACUCAAGGUGAUCUUGACAAUUGGAUUACGGAGGCC